AUGACAACAAAUAAGAUGAUAUUAGAAUCAUUAUCCAAUGAGUUAUUUAUUGAAUUAUUUGAUGUAGUCGACCUCUUUCGUUCUUUUUGUGGUCUGAAUACUCGUUUUAAUUCUUUACUAUUAAUUCAUUUUCGAGAUUGUCGAGUCGAUUUUCGUUCAAUAUUCAAAGAAGAUUUCAAUCGUUUCUGUCGAACAUAUCUUCCAUUUAUAAUGAAUCAAACAAUUUAUCUUCGACUCUCCGAUAAUGAAGACACACCAUAUCAAUGUGCUCAUUUUCAAUCUGCAGGUUUCACAUUUGGUCAGUUCGAUAAUCUUCGUUAUUUAACAUUGGAAAAUGUUAGUUCGGAUUCAAAGAUUGACCAAUUUUUCUUUUCCGAUUUAUAUCAUCUUCGUAAUUCGACACAUCAGAAAUUUAUUAAUUGUCGACUGCAUGGCAUUUCCUCCGAUGAUUUUCAAGGUGUAAUUGAUCAAAUUUGGAAUUUACCAAAAUUGACACAUUGCUAUUUUGAUUUCUGCUUUCGUAGUAGAAGUCAUUUUUGUAUUCCUACUUCCGUAUCAACAUCGUUGCAAUACUUAACAAUUCUUGGGAAUUGGUGGUAUUCAAAUAAAUUUGUCGAUUUAUUAAAGAAGACACCACAUUUACGAACAUUGCCGUAUCAUUGA